AUGUUGAAGCAAAUCAUCAGCGUAGCCCUGCUUGCAGGGCAAACCUUUGCUUACGACCAACUUCUCAAUUUCAAGGCGGCUCCCGAGUAUGAGACUCGCUCUCUUGAUGAGAUCCACCAAGCGGCCCUCAAGGAAGGUGGUGUUGUGACAGUUUGGCACGGUGGUGACGAAGCCAACCAACAAGAUGGUUUGAAGGCAGCCUUUGAGAAGAGAUUUCCCGGAGUGACUCUUAACAUCACCGUUGCCCUUUCUAAGUAUCAUGACGGCAAGCUCGACCAACAGCUCGGCGCCAAUAACGUGUUUGUCGAUAGCAUCAUCCUCCAGACCCUGCACGAUUAUCCUCGCUGGGCGCAACAGGGAGCCUUGCUGAAUUAUGCGCCCGUUGGCUUCAACGAGAUUGAGCACUCCUUCAAGGAUGAUACUGCCGCCUGGUAUGGUCUCUACGUGUUCUUCUGGACCGGCGCGUGGAACACGAAGAAGCUCUCUGGAAUCCAGGCCCCCGUCGAGUGGAAUGACUGGCUGCGACCCGAGUUCAAGAACAAGCUUGUUAUCACUUAUCCAAAUGACGACGACGCUGUUCUGUUCGCUUUCUACCUUGUCAUGAACCAGUACGGAGAGGAGUGGCUCGACAAGCUCAUUGACCAAAACCCUCGCUGGGUGCGCGGCACUGCGACCCCCGGCACCCUCAUUAGCCAGGAUAAUUCCACCUCUGCCGCCUACUUCGCCGCCGGCGGAAGCUUCGCCCCCAGCGGUGACCUGAACUUCUCCGUCCCCGUGGAGGGCAAGUACGUGUCCUGGCCGCAGACGGGUGCCAUUCUCAAGAAUGCCCCCCACCCCGAGGGCGCGAAGCUGCUGCACAACUUCAUCCUGUCCGAGGAUUUCCAGAAGAGCUCUGGCGGCUGGUCUGUCCGCCGAGACGUUCCCGCCCCUGCCGGUUAUCCAGACCUCUGGACCAACAAUGCGACGAACCCGGCGGAGUUUGCUCGAUUCAUGGCUGACCGGGCCCUGGUGGAGAGACUGCGGUUCUAUUUUGAGGCUAGAAUUGGUUCUGCUCAGGGUCUUGAUCCUAUCAUCGAUGGCAUCUAA